AUGGAAAAUCCAGACAGAACGACCACAGUGAAGGGGAGACCACCCCAGAGUGAGCUCAACUUGUCUCUGUAUCGUCUUUCUUCCGAGUACAGUGGGUUGGUGUGUAAACGUGGAGACAUCGUCCUGCGUCAUAAACACGACGGUGGUGUUUCGCCACGUUCAGAAGAAGACUAUGAAGGAAAUACAUCGGCGGAUUCAGAAGAAAGUGUUUUUGCUGCAGAUAAACACGAAUACAUAGAUUCAGGGUGUGUUUUUCCUGAAGAUACACAUGAAUACACAGAUUCAGACAUUUGUGUUUUUCCUAGAGAUAAACAUGAAUACACGGGUUCAGAAAGAUGUGUUUUGCCCAGAGAUAAACAGCAAUACAACGUGACAGAAGGACGUGUUUUUCCCAAUGAUAAGUACGAAUACACAAAUUCAAAAGGAUGUGAUUUUCCUGGAGAUAAACGUAAAUACACAGAUAAACAGCAGUGCAUUGUGACAGAAGGAUUUAUUUCUCCAGGAGAGAACUAUGGAUACACAAAUUCAGAAGGAUGUGUUUUUCCUGGAGAUAAGUUCGAAUACACAAAUUCAGAAGGAUUUUCUGGAGAUAAACACAAGUACAGUGGCACGAAUGGAUGUGUUUUUCCAGGAGACAGACACAAAUACACAGUCACAGAAGGACAUGUUAUUCCAGGAGACAGACACAAGAACACUGACACGAAAGGAUGUGUUAUUCCAGGAGAAAAACACAAAUACAUUGACACAGAAGGACAUGUUUUUCCUGGAGAUAAGUACGUGGUGCAGGCGCCUGACUCCGGCGUGGUUGGAUCUGCGUUUGCUGAUCUGUGGGACGCAUCCACGAGCGACGUUGACGACCAUGAUAUGGAUGAGUCCGUGUCGCAUCUGUGGAUGAACGAGUCCGGGUCAACGGAUUCGUGUCUUGCUGACGGCCAUCACGAGUCUAGGUCAGUGGGUUCGUGCCUCGCUGACGGCCGUCACUUGUUUAGGUCAACGGGUUCACGUCGCGCUGAAGAACCAGCAAUGUGGACGUCGUGCAAAACGAUGCGAGGUUUCCACAACAAGGCGUUUGCGUACCCCGACCAUCUGGACGGCGUGAUGGAACAAGACCAGUCUGUGUACACCGACGACGACGGCGACUUUGACUACGACGACUCGACGACGUGUCCGCCCAGUGAAGACAGCGAGGAGGAAGGACGCAACACGAUCGGCCGGUUCGCCACGCGCCGCCUGUCGCAGACUCUACUCAAGAUGGGCAUCAGUCAUCAGGACGAGACGAAGCAGACUCCAGCAACCACGGACUCGUCCGUCAGGAUGACCAAUCACGUGAGUACGCACGUGUCACGUGACUACAUGCAGAGCUUCGUCACGGGGAUGGUGGUCGUCGAGGUGGACGGGAAACCCGUGGUCGUGGUAGCCGACCAGAUCAACCAAUGCGUGAAGGCGUUCUAUCUCGACACGGAAGGACGGGACCACGACUGGCUGCGACUCUGCAACUGGCCGAGCUCGAUCACGGCUCUCAGCUGUAGGAAGCAGGAGCUGGUGGCGGUGAACAUCCCCUUCCCACACCACAUCGACAUCGUGCGGGUGUCGCCCCGGCUGAAAAUCGUCCACAAGAUCAAGCUGAUGAAGGAAUACUUCUGCCUGGCCAGUCUGGACAGCAACACUCUCGUCGCGUCCUCCGUGUGGGAGGACCCGCCCACCAUCGACAUCCUCAGACUGAGAUGGCGCGAGACGGUCACCUUGACCGUAAUUCGAUCCAUCGUCAUCCGCCAGUCCUUCCUCUCACUGUGCAACGACCCGCUGUACGUGAACACGACGAGACGUCACAGACGCAUCCUGCUCGUCGACUGGGAGUCCAGCGGCUUGGUCUGCAUGGACGAAUUCGGGUCUCUGAAAUUCAAAUACACGAACGACAGCAGCAGCAACAGCGAGAGCGUCCAGCAGACGAUGCAGCCCCACUCUGUGACGUGCGACUCGCGGGACAACAUCUACGUCACAGACGCCGAACAAAACCGAGUGGUGCAGUUGGCGAGAAACGGCGAGUUUUUACGAGACGUGUUGACGGUGGAACACGGUAUAGACGAACCGAGGCACGUGGCGGUGGAUCGCCGUGGCAACAUGUACGUGUCCCAGUUUAACGGCGACGUGAAGGUUUUCUCUCUAGACCCUCCUCUGGUGACAAGGAGUCGGACACUGUUUGAGAGGCUGGGAUGCUGCUUCUACAAAUAGUCAAACGUGAAAACGCACGUAAACAUAUGGGACAAGGGCCCCCUUCCACGAAGCGAUCUUAGCCCUAAGAUCAACUUAAAUGCAUAGGGUAGCUAUGCGCCUAAGGUAAUUUUAGGGCUAAGAAUCCUUCGUGGAACGGGGCCCAGGGACCUAAUUCACUAAACUCUCGCAACUUUGCGAUAUCGCAGUGCAAUGCUAAAAGACUUGCAAAGAGGAUGCUUUGUUGUCUAGCAGAUCUUAAGAGACCUUUGUGAAUUAAGCCCCAGUUGUUCAAGUGUUGCAUCUCACUACACGGAUGUCAUCUGCCAUUGAAAUCCAUGGUAAAUUGCCCAACUUCAAAUGAAGAUUGCCAAUAGAACGGGUUCUCGUUGGCACUAACAACAUAGACUAUUGCGAAUAUACAUUAUAUACGGAUUUAUUUUCACUCCAAAAAUUUGAAUAUUUCCGUCUCAAUUUUUGUUGCUAUAUGACAGCAUCUGGCUCUAGUACCGGUCCGAACAGGUGGCUCAUUAACCAAUUCACCCUGGCUGGCUGUCUCUUCCGCUAUACACCCAUGUCUCAGGAAAGUCAAUGCACAGUAUUACAAAAUAACAUGGGCAGAAUUCAGCCAGACGGCUUACCAUUAAAAAUACAAAUUGUUUCAAUUCUUUUCUCCAAUUACUUGAAGUUAAUAUGUGAACCACAACGUAUUAUGUCACAAUUAGAAACUAUAGUGGACUGUGAUCAAUGAACUCUCACCAUGAAGUGAACUGUGUAGUGAGACCUUAGUUAUCUUAAAGGUUUAAAUUGUAAUAAAAGUAUGAACUUUGUAUAGUUUAAAACUAAUUUAUUGUAUACAUUUUAUUGUAAAAUGUGUUACACCUUGUUUUGCUUUCACGUCAGUUCCGCAAAGCGUCUUACAAAAUAUCUAAACUUUGCUAAUAUUACCAGUAAACAAACGCAAAUGACGUCAUUUUUCAAGAGAAAAUUCAUACAACUAUGUCACUAGACUCAAGAGUGUUACCUUUUGGUCGGUUUUCCUUUUAUACAAAAAGCUAUUUAAGGCAAAAUUUUCAAUUUUUUUUUUUAUAAAAUUGAAAUGUGCUAUUUUGUCUGUGGGAUGGUGCAUAUAAAAGACCCUUUGCUACUGAUGGAAACAUUACCAAAUGUUUGACAUCCAA